AUGGCUAAACCUACAAGUAAGAAGGAGGUCACCAAUAUGACAAAGAAAAGAAGUGCCUCGGAAGCCGAAGAAAAGGUUCCAGAGCAAGAUGACAACUUAAUCGUUGAUGGAUUAAUUGAUGCUGGCGAUGACAGUGAUGACGAUGACGAUUUUGAAUCAGCUGCAGAGGACUUUGCAGACUUGGAAGAGGAUAAGCCAGAGGAAGCAGAAGCAGAAGAAGAUUCUGAUGCUGAACUGAACCGAUUACUUGCCCAGGAAGAAGAAGAAGAAGAAGAAGAAGAAUACAAUACAUCUGAUUUUUCUGAUGACACUGGAUCUCUGACUGAUAAACUAUCAGGUAUCAAAUUAAAGACCAUUGUUGAUCCCAACAUUUACACCAAAUACUCUGAUGGUCAACCAAGAAUUGUUAAGCCCGAAAUUAAUCCAAUUUAUGAUAGUGAUGAUAGUGAUGCUGAGACAAAAAAUACUAUUGGUAACAUCCCAUUAUCGGUUUACGAUGAAAUGCCACAUAUUGGUUACGAUAUUAAUGGUAAGAGAAUCAUGCGUCCUGCUAAGGGGUCUGCUUUGGACCAACUUCUAGAGAGUAUUGAUCUACCAGAAGGUUGGACUGGUCUUCUAGAUAAAAAUACCGGUUCUAGUUUGAAUAUUACAGAAGAAGAGCUGGAAUUGAUUUCUAAGAUUCAAAAUAAUCAACAAACCGACGACAACGUGGAUCCCUAUGAACCAUUAAUAGAUUGGUUUACCAGACACGAGGAAGUUAUGCCAUUGACUGCUAUUCCGGAACCAAAAAGAAGAUUUGUUCCUUCUAAACAUGAAGCUAAGAGGGUUAUGAAGAUUGUUAAGGCUAUUAGGGAAGGUCGUAUCAUUCCACCGAAGAAAUUAAAGGAAGCCAGAGAAAAAGAAAAGGCUGAAGAUUUUCAUUUCGAUCUAUGGGGUGAUUCACCAGAAGAAAUUGAACAUGUUAUGAACUUGAGGGCACCAAAAUUAUCUCCACCAACUAACGAAGAAAGUUACAACCCACCGGAGGAGUACUUAUUGAAUGAUAACGAAAAGAAAGAAUGGGAAAACACUGAACCAAGUGAAAGAGAGAAAAACUAUAUUCCACAGAAAUAUUCAUCCUUGAGACAAGUACCAGGUUAUCACGAAUCCGUCAGAGAAAGAUUUGAAAGAUCUCUUGAUUUGUACUUGGCACCACGUGUACGUAAAAACAAGUUGAAUAUCGACCCUGAAUCCUUGCUACCAGAACUUCCUUCACCAAAGGAUUUAAGACCGUUCCCAAUCCGUUGUUCCACAGUUUAUUCGGGACAUACUGCUCGUAUACGUUCCCUUUCAAUCGACCCAUCUGGGUUAUGGUUGGCUACAGGGUCAGACGAUGGUUCAGUUAGAGUUUGGGAAAUCCUUACCGGUAGAGAAGUUUACAAGGUUCAACUAGUCGACCCUGAAGAGGAUUCCGAGGAUCACAUUGAAUGUGUUGCAUGGAAUCCAGAUGUUGCUACUGGUAUUCUAGCUGUUGCUGUUGGGGAACAUAUCCAUUUAAUUGUCCCACCAAUCUUUGGUUUUGACAUUGAAAACAACGGUAAGACUAAGAUUGAGAAUGGUUUCGGGUUUGAUACAUUUGGUAAUGUUAAGAAGAGUAACCUUGUUGGUGAUGAUGCGGAUGAUGAUAAUGAGGAUGCCAACGAAUCUACCGGUGUCAAGAAAGUUGUUGCGCAAUGGGUUAAGCCAUCUGCCAAACAAGUUGAAAAGGAUAUUUGCAUAACAAUCAUCUGUAGAAAGACCGUGAAGAAACUAUCAUGGCACCGUAAAGGUGACUAUUUUGUCACUGUACAACCUGAAUCUGGUCACACAUCUGUAUUGAUCCAUCAAGUUUCUAAACAUUUGACACAGUCUCCGUUUAAGAAAUCUAAAGGUAUCAUUAUGGAUGCCAAAUUCCAUCCAUUCAAGCCUCAAUUAUUUGUUUGUUCUCAAAGAUACAUUAGAAUAUAUGAUUUAUCGCAACAAGUAUUAGUCAAGAAGUUACUACCUGGUGCGCGUUGGUUAUCUGGUAUUGAUAUCCAUCCAAGAGGUGAUAACUUGAUUGCAUCAUCAUACGACAAGCGUGUUCUGUGGCACGAUUUGGAUUUGGCUAAUACACCAUACAAGACCUUGAGAUAUCAUGAAAAGGCCGUUAGAAACGUAUCCUUCCAUAAGAGGCUACCUUUGUUCAGUUCUGCUGCAGAUGACGGUACAAUCCAUAUCUUUCACGACACAGUAUAUGACGACAUGAUGAAGAAUCCACUGAUCGUUCCAUUAAAGAAGCUGACUGGCCACAAGAUCACUAGCAGUCUGGGUGUCCUAGAUGCCGUCUGGCAUCCAAGAGAAGCCUGGUUGUUCUCAGCUGGUGCCGACCACUCUGCUCGUCUAUGGACCACUUAG